AUGAAGACGGCCAAGCCGCCGGCGGCAGAGGCUGGCCCUUCUUCUAGUCGAAGGGCCCAGCCUGUCCGCCAGACUCGCGCGAACCCUCCGCGGACGUCCUCUGGCCCAUCUCGUACCUUUGGCGCCAGAGACUCGCUCGGAGGGGGGAGUGGGCAUGAACAGCCGAUCGACAUAUUCCCUGCGAUCACACACUUCACCGACGCCAUUUCCUCUCUCCCGAAAGACCUAGUCCGACACUUCACCCUGCUGAAGGAGGUUGACGCCAAAAUCUUCGCCCCAGAAGAGACCCUGUUUCAGCUGGUCGACGCUGCGAUCAAGUCAAACCCUCCGGAACCUCGACUCGCGAACGAUGCCUCUAGUAGUAUUGCGCCGUCGACGCCCAUGAGCGCCCAGAACAGCUCGAGUGGGUUCGCCGCCCGUGGCAAUCUGCCUCCUGGUUCGAUCGACGAAAACCAAAACUCUGCUGUAUACGACCCGGGCAACAUGCCACGACGACAGUUGUUUCGUCAGACUGCCUUCAGGAUUCAAGAGAUGCUAGUCUCCCUCGAGGAAAAGAACCAUGUCAUAACGACCGCCAACGAGGCGCUGUCCAAGCAGCUCAAUCGCAUCAGCACCGUAUGGCCGCAUCUCGAGGGUGAGUUCAGUGACGAAGCCAAAUGGGGCAGCACCACACACUGGGCCUACCCAGAGAAUCGAGCCAAUCGAGCGAACCAGGCCGAGCGCUCGCGACGCGACGGUGCUGCUACCAUCACGGCCGCCGCCCAGCAGCUCGCAGAUGAAGCUGCCGCACGAAGCGACGCGAGGAAGCAGGCCAUAAUAGCUAAAAAGGGGCUCAAGAACCAGCAACAGCAUCAAGACUCGGACUUGGAUGAUCACGAUAACAACAAUAGUACCAAGCAGAAAGGCGAGUCUUCAAAGAAGGCAAGCGGCGGCAGCAAAGCACGGAAAGUCGCCGAAGCGGCUGCACCAGUGGGCCUGGGCAUUACUGCAGGCACCACUGCCAACGGAAACCCUCCUUCCAAGCGACGAAAGGUGGAAAAUAACAAGACAGUCAAUGGCGGACAGCCAAUGGAACGGGCGAUGAGCUCGGUGUUUGGGAGCACAGCUACGAAAACGAAGAACUCCAGUCCGCGAGCCACACCUGCACCUGAGCCGACUAAAAAGAGAAAAGCUCUUCCAACGGCUAACGGCAUAUCGAAAAAGAGUAAAACCGCUCUCGCAGCCGCCGCACUCUCGCCAUCGACUGUGUCUUCACCAGUCCAAGCUACUUUUGCGGACCCCAAGACCACCGCCCGCACUUCUCCCGCUCCUUCGGCAAAUGCAUCACGUCCCGCUUCAUCGCGGGCUCGGCAGAAUUCUAUACAAUCGAAUGUUGAAAAUGGACGGCAACGACCUGCUUCUUCAGCCUCGAAUAAACCGAACGGCAUCGCGAUAGUGGCUCCAGAGAUCGCCGCGAUACCACGUGGGCCACGUCAGACCACUGAACCCAAAGCGCCGAAAGAGCCAGCUAUCGCCGCCAUCAAGACCGAGACUUCGAAGGAAGAGCCUAAGCGUUCUCCACCGAUCACUACCAACGCAAGUGGAAGCAGUAAGAAGGAAGGCGCCGCGAAAGGAGACGAGUCAGAAGCUAAAGGGGAUACUGGUCCGGCGGUUCAACCGACUGCGACGACAGUAGUCACGACCAAGAGUGGACGAGCUAGUAAGCCAUCAACGCCUGCGCUGGGCAACUUCCCAGAUUCGGCGCCGCGUUCCCGGUCGGCGAGGAAUACAAUGUCAACGACAACAACCAAGAGGAGUCACAAGAAGGGUGCAGCUCAGCAGGCAAUCGCGGCUCGGCUCGCAGAUGAAGAUGCGAACAGUAGCGCGCAAGGCGACGAGGAGGGCGAUGUUGACGAACUGCGGUACUGCUACUGCCAUGGUGUCAGCUACGGCGAGAUGGUUGCUUGCGAUGCCGAGGAUUGCCCCCGAGAGUGGUUCCAUCUCGAUUGCGUUGGCUUGAAGGCGGCACCGCCGUCAAAUGUAAAAUGGUACUGCGAUCAUUGCAAGGACCGCUUGAAACCCGGGAAGAAAGUGAAUGGCCGGUAG